UUAAGGAAACGACAUAAGGUCACUCACUCCGGAAGAAAUGCAUCUCUGUGGCUUUCACAUUUGUCUGAAAUACAUAGAAGAUGAAGUCUUCAACUGAUAGCAGAAAAAGAAACAAAGCAACUCGUAACAGAAGCAGCAAUAGCAGAAAAAGAUAGGACAAGAUCCGAAACUAAAUGAAAAAAUAAAGAAAACGAGAAGAAAAGAGAGAAGUACAAUGUAUAGAAAGGUGCUUCUUACAUUCGUUUUCGUGAUUGUCCUUCUUCUUUCGUACUCAAUUUUCAUAGGCAACGUCGAUGUUCGAUCUUAUUUCUUCCCUCACUUAAUGUUAUCCGCGUCUGCACCCGCUCCAUGUUCACCUGAUUUAUCUCUUCGGGUCUUCAUGUACGAUCUCCCUCGCCGCUUCAACGUUGGCAUGAUUGACCGCAGCAAUACGGCGGAGACACCCGUCACCGUGGAGGACUGGCCACCGUGGCCCACGAAUUGGGGGCUGAAGAAGCAGCACAGUGUGGAGUACUGGAUGAUGGGGUCGCUUCUCCACGACGUCGAGGGCAGAGAAGUGGUUAGGGUUUCGGAUCCGGAACUCGCCAAUGCCUUCUUCGUCCCGUUCUUCUCUUCGCUCAGUUUCAACACGCACGGCCACAACAUGAAGGAUCCCGCCACGGAGACGGAUCGCCAAUUGCAGGUUGAUUUAAUGGAAUUCUUAAAGAAAUCCAAAUACUGGCAGAGGUCGGGAGGCAGAGACCAUGUCUUUCCUGUCACCCACCCCAAUGCCUUUAGGUUCCUACGAGAUCAGUUGAAUGAUUCUAUUCAGGUUGUUGUGGAUUUUGGUCGCUACCCUAAGCGCAUGUCUAAUUUGAACAAAGAUGUAGUGUCCCCAUAUGUGCAUGUUGUGGAGUCUUUUACAGUCGAUGAGCCUCAAGAUCCGUAUGAGUCUCGCUCCACGCUGCUUUUCUUCCGAGGGAGGACUUACAGGAAAGAUGAAGGGAUUGUCCGUGUUAAACUAGCAAAGAUACUUUCUGGUUAUGAUGAUGUUCACUAUGAGCGAAGUGUUGCUACAGAAGAAAAUAUAAAAUUGUCAUCGAAAGGGAUGCGUUCAUCGAAGUUCUGUUUGCAUCCAGCAGGAGACACACCGUCAUCUUGUCGGCUUUUUGAUGCCAUUGUGAGUCACUGUGUUCCUGUCAUUGUUAGUGAUCAAAUUGAGCUCCCAUUUGAGGAUGAGAUUGACUACUCCCAGUUCUCGAUUUUCUUCUCUACCAAAGAGGCAUUACAGCCUGGCUACAUGGUCGAUCAACUUCGUAAAUUUCCAAAACAGAAAUGGACUGAAAUGUGGAAGCAACUCAAAAACGUCUCCCAUCAUUAUGAAUUCCAGUACCCUCCUAAAAGAGAAGAUGCUGUCAGUAUGUUGUGGAGACAGGUCAAGUACAAACUUCCAGGGGUCAGCCUUUCUGUUCAUAGAAGCCGGAGGUUAAAAAUCCCAGAUUGGUGGCUGAGGAAAUGAUUUCUGGAGCUUUGGUAUUUAAUCUUGUACAUUCUUCAGUUACAGUGACAAUCGCUGAAAGGGAGGAAUAUCAUUAAUACUUCCUCUUAACUGAGCAUUUUGAAAUUGAGGUUUUUGUUUAAGUUUUAA